ACUUAUCUGACGCGUUAGGAUCAAAACAUCCCUGUCCGUACUCCUUUUCCUACUCCUUUCCCCCCCCCAUCAAUUUAAUCUCUAGAUGCCAGGGGCAGUUCGUAAAUUUCGGGUUGUGAAGUUUCCGGUGUUUAAGUGUUUUGUACUCAUUAAUUGUUAAUUUGCAUUUCGUUUGUUCGUUUGUCUAUGGCACCAGCAACUUUUUAUCCAAGAUGCUCUGAAAUUCGUUAUCGCCGCACGCUAACAUAGCCUGAGCUCGUUAGCAAACCGGCGAUUUAUUUUACAUGUCAGCGGCAAACCCGACAAGAACAUAGACGGACCGCGAAGGCUUAGAGGGGCAUCCCCGCUCUCAGACGUCCGAACAAUUGCCCUGUUGGGGCGUUUUACCGCGUCACCAUUUCCGGGCUCGUGACCGCCGGUGGUGUGGAGCGAGACGUGGGCUUGCGAGGUCCGGUCAGCGGAGCGGUGACGGUGUCCGUACCUGCAGUACCGGACAGCAGCAUGGGGGCGGCGAACGCGUCGCUCUGGCAGAGCGAAAGACUGCGCUUUCUCACCUGUUUCAUCGGAGUCUUCGUGUGCUACUUUUAUUACGGGAUACUGCAGGAGACCAUCACACGCGGUGACUACAGCCAUGGGGAACAGAAGGAGAGGUUUCGCUAUGCUACUACUCUUGUCUUCAUCCAGUGCAUCAUCAACGCAGCCUUUGCCCGUAUCUUGAUCCAGUUUUUCGAGGGCUCCAGGCCGGACCACACCCGGAACUGGCUCUAUGCAGCAUGUGCUCUGUCCUACCUGGGUGCCAUGGUAUCCAGCAACUCUGCCCUGCAGUACGUUAACUACCCCACACAGGUAUUAGGGAAGUCAUGUAAACCCAUUCCAGUGAUGAUCCUGGGAGUGACCAUACUGAGGAAGAAGUACCCCAUAGCGAAGUAUCUGUGCGUGCUCCUUAUUGUCACUGGCGUGGCACUCUUCCUCUACAAACCUGACAAAGGCUCUGCUUCCCCUGAUGAUCAUGUUUUCGGCUUUGGCGAGAUGCUGCUGCUGGUAUCUCUGACCCUGGAUGGUCUGACGGGUGUGGCUCAGGAUCACAUGAGGGGGCGUUAUCAGACAGGAGCCAACCACAUGAUGCUGAAUGUGAACCUGUGGUCCACGUUGAUGCUGGGUCUGGCUGUGCUGUGGACAGGUGAGGUGUGGGAGUUCUUGAGCUUUGCUGAACGGUACCCCAGGGUUAUCUACAACAUUCUUCUCUUCGGUUUCACCAGUGCUCUGGGACAGACCUUCAUCUUUAUGACGGUUGUGUAUUUCGGGCCUCUCACCUGCUCUAUCGUCACCACAACGCGAAAGUUCUUCACCAUUCUGGGCUCGGUCCUGCUGUUUGGAAACGUCAUCAGUCCAGUGCAGUGGCUGGGAACCAUCCUCGUCUUCCUGGGUCUGGGGCUGGAUGCUAAGUUUGGAAAGAUGGUGAAGAAGACGACACACUAAAGCGUAAAGAGAAUGAGUGUGUAUGUGCACAUGUGUGUGUGAGUGUGUGUUGAACUCAUAAACUGAAGAAACAUCUAUUUUUGUCAGUGCCCUACUCCCAUCAGCAGCUAAUUUACCAUUCUGUUGGUAAUGAACACUGAAUCAUGGAUUUAUCUGUCUGUUAUUCCUGUGAUCUGCUGCGAUGGAGUCGGGUGGGGGUACGGUUACGGCCAGGCGUACAUCUACUCAUGAAUCACUGACAUGGUGGCCACUUCUUAAUUUAAAGCAAAAAUAUUUAGGGUUUUGUAGUGAAUAUACUGUAAAUACUCUGGCAGGUUUUACUGCUCUGAACUACAGUACCCAGAGAGAUCAGAGCCAGAGGAAACUGAGCAUAGAAUGCACUGCACAUUUAACAAAUGCAUGUGAGUUAGUUAGUGAUGGCCAGUCAUUUAAAAUUAAACUGACAGUUCCCUGUCUUAUUCUUAAUUUUGCUCUGGGUCCUGUUAUCAAUACCUCAUUUGUGGUACCAGUCAGGUGUCCUCAUUUAGUGUCUGGGAAAGCCUCUGAUCUCAUCUCUAAAACACACAUUUGUGAGUGUGAGUGUGCGUGUGCGUGUGCGUAAGUCGGUAUGUGAGUUUAUAUGCUCCGAGACCUACAACUGAGUCUUUCCCUGUCCACUGUGCAUGAGUUCAUGUAUAUGUGCAUGACAUUUCUGAUUAGAUCAUUUGAGCGUGCACCAUAAACAUUUCAUGUAAGACAUGACACCAUUUUUUCAUAUAUUUGUAUUCAUGUUGAGUGACUUGUAUACUGUCUGAGAAAAUGUGUCCUUGCAUAAUUUUUAGAGACAACUGUUUUGAAAUAAUUAGUUUUGGUAUGUAUAAUUUUUUUUUAAAUACCAACUCCAGUGAGAGCUGUAAUGGAUGUUACACUGAAAGGGAAACUCAGCCAUACUGGUGGGGGUUUUUGUUAAUCAGAUGUUGUACGUAAACAUUGUGUUCAGCUCUGCCCAGAGACAGCAACACCAACCACAUGAAAUUAAAGUUAGAGCUUAGAUGGGAAAACAAA